AUGAAGUUAGAUCGCUUUCUGCUGCUCGUCGGGAUCUCCGUCGGCGUUCUGUUAGCGACUUUUGCCACGCUAGCAGCCGCCGGACCCGAAGUCGAUGUGGGCGGCAUUCCACUUGGGCAGGAAGUGCUACCGAAAGCCCCUCCUGGCUCGUACCUCACCCCUGAAGACCAAGCCAAACUUGACAAAGGGGGCGAGAAGUACCAGUUUGAGGCGGAGGUCAACCGCAUGAUGAAGCUUAUCAUCAACAGCUUGUACAAGACUAAGGAAAUCUUUUUGAGGGAGUUGAUCUCGAACGCGUCCGACGCUCUUGACAAGAUCCGGUUCAAAAGCUUGCAGGACAAGACCGCCUUGGGGGAGAACACGGAUCUUAAGAUUACAAUCGUCGCUGACAAGGAAGGCAAAACUUUGACAUUGACUGACACUGGUGUCGGGAUGACGAAAGCUGAUUUGAAGACCAACCUAGGAACUAUUGCCAAGUCCGGUACGGCCGACUUCAUUUCCACCAUGGAACAUCAGAAGAAUGGCAGCAACUUGAUUGGCCAGUUCGGUGUUGGUUUCUACUCUGCCUUCUUGGUUGCCGACCGCGUUACGGUUAUCUCCAAGAACAAUGCGGACAAGCAGUACAUCUGGGAAUCGACCUCGGAGUCGGAUUUCCGUAUUAUUGAAGACCCUCGUGGGAACACCUUGGGACGUGGAACCCAGAUUGUCCUGCAUCUGAAGGACGAAGCCUUGGAAUAUAUCUCUGAGAAGAAGCUUCGCGAAUUGGUCAAACACUACAGCGAAUUCAUCAACUUCCCCAUAUACCUGUGGUCGGAACGUACGGAGACCGAACAAGUCCCCAUUGAAGAGGAGGAAGCGGCGGAUGACAUGGACGACACUGUCGAAGAUGUUACCGAGAAGAAAGACGACUCCAAGCCCAAAUUCAAGGAAGUGUCGAAACACAUUGCUGAAUGGGAGCUUAUCAACAACCAGAAGCCUAUCUGGACCCGUCGGCCCAGCACCAUUCAAGAAGAAGAAUACAACGACUUCUACAAAGCUUUUGCAAAGGACACUGAGGCGCCUUUGGCACACAACCAUUUCCGAGCGGAAGGCGAGGUCGAGUUCCAAUCUAUCAUCUUCAUCCCCAAGCGACCAUCCCCUGCGUUCCUGCAGAGCGGUGACGACUGGACACACAACCUGAAGCUCUUCGUCCGUCGUGUUUUCAUCACCGAUGAGCUUCCCGGUUUCCUUCCAAGAUGGCUCAGCUUUUUGAAAGGUCUCGUCGACUCGGAUGAAAUCCCAUUGAACGUUUCCCGCGAAACCCUGCAACAACAUGCUAUCCUGAAAGUCAUCAAGAAGAAGGUGAUCGCCAAAGCCAUCGACAUGAUGAAGAGCCUGGCAUCCAAGGAUACUGAAAAGUAUCUGGAGUUCUUCACUAACUACGGGAAUGCGAUCAAGCUUGGCAUCAUCGAAGACGCUUCCGUCAAGAAGAAGCUUGUUCCCCUCCUGAGGUUCCGCUCCUCUCACGAUGGGAACUACACGAGUCUCGAAGACUACUAUUCUCGCAUGAGGAAGGGCCAACCCCAGAUUUACUUCAUCACGGGCCAAAACCUUGAGGAGUUCAUGGGCUCUCCUUUUGUUGAGAGGCUUAUCGCUCGUGGAUACGAGGUUCUGUACUUCCUGGACCCUAUCGAUGAGUAUCUCUCCAACGCCUUGGUAGAUUACAAGUACAAGAAGCUCCAGCAUGUCGGAAAGGCGGGACUCAAGUAUGGCGACGAGGACGAAAAGUCCGCCGACAAGAUCAAGGAGCAGGAAGAGGAGUUCCAGCCCCUAAAAGAUUACCUCAAGGAGCGUCUCAGCAAAUGGGUGGACACGGUCAAGAUCUCCCAUCAGCUUACGACGUCCCCAUGUGCGGUUCUGUCGAGCGAGUAUGGCGUCUCUGGGACCAUGGAAAGGAUCUUGCAGGCCCAGGCGCUGGGCAACAAGGAGGAUUUCCGGACUGCUAUGUAUUUGAACAUGAAGAAGGUGUUUGAGAUCAACCCGGACCACCCCCUGAUCAUCCAAAUGCUUGCGAAAGUGAAAGCAGGCAAGUCCGCGGACUUGGACGACUCCAUCUACGUUCUGUUCGAGUCCACCGCUAUCGCCUCGGGUUUCGCCGUCCGUAACGCGACAGAAUUCGCCAAGAAGGUUGAGAAUGUAGUGAGGCAGAAGUUGGGCGUAGAUCUGGACAAGGUUGCUAAUGUUGAGGUUGCCCCCGCGCCCGCCGUUGAGGAUGCGAAGGAGAAAGACGCCGGGAAGGAAGACGACAUUGAGACGAGUGAGGAAGGAGAGAAGAUUGAGGAGGUGGACGAUGGUCAUGAUGAGCUGUAG